AUCAGAAUAAAAACAGCAACACCAGACAUAGAAGAGAAAAAAGUGCAAUGAUCCAUCGAACCAAAGGCUUUGCCCUUUCUUAAUUACGUGUCCAGUAUCAUUUCUUUUUUUCCUUCUUCACCUCUUCAUUUUUUUUAUUUAUUUUUUUUUUUUUUGACAUUUUUUGAAGUGGUAAUUAGCUCUUGGAGAAUAAAACCAUCUGAUUUGGGGAGGGCCAGUGCAUUUUGGGGCGAGAUGGCUAGCAGGAGGGUUGCGUUGCUCCUUCUCGGAUUCUUCCUCAACACACAUCUGAGUCCUUCGCUACAAGGAGGGGUGUAUGUUCCUCAGGGUGGUGUUGGAGGAGGACCAGGAGGUGCUGGAGUGUUACCAGGUGCUGGACUUUACCCAGGUGCUGGAUUGUCCCCAUACAAACCAGCAAAAGCUGCAGGUGGUUAUGGAGGGGCUGGUGGGGCUCUGGGCACAGGUGCUCAGACAGGUGGUUUCGGGACUGGUGGUUAUGGGGCUUAUGGUGCUUAUGGUGGUACAGGGCGAUUCUACCCAGUGUCUGGAGGCCUGAAACCUGCUAAAUCAGGCUUUGGAGGAGGAGGUCUUCCAGGAGGAGUUCUGCCUGGAGGAGGCCUUCCUGGAGGUGGUCUACCUGGAGGAGGUCUACCCGGAGGUGCUGGUGGAAAGCUCCCUAAAGGGCCGGGUGCAGGAGGAACCGGUACUGGUCUCCCAGUCAUUCCUCAAACUGGUGUACAAGGACUGGGCCCUGGUGGGGUUGGACCUGGGGGGAAAGCUGCAAAGGCCGGAAAAGCUCCAGUGCCAGGAGUGGGAGUUCCUGGACCAUAUCAAGGAGGACUUGUUCCUGGACAAGGCUUCAAUGGGCAGGGAGUUCUUCCUGGGGUUGCCACAGGGACUGGACUCAAACCUAAAUCAGCUGCUGCCGGAGGGCAAGGACUAGUACCAGGUGCUGGAGGCCGUGGACCAUAUGGUGGACCACUGCAGCAAGGAUUAUUUCAUGGAUACCCCCUAAAAUCUCCCAAAUCCCCAGGUGCAGGGUCUCCAUACUCUGGUGGUAAACUUCCAUAUGGUUUCGGGGGCAUUGUUGGAGGGGCAGGACUACCUGGUGGGAAAGGAGGAGCUGGCUCCAAGCCGGGUUAUCCCACUGGGACUGGUAUGGGGUCUCUAGGGUUCUCUGCUGCACAGGCCAAAGCUGCUAAAUAUGGUGCAGGCGCUGGUUUAGGUGGUGUUGGAGCUGUGCCGGGUGGUGCUGGUGGACUUUACCCAGGGGCAGGAGGUAUUGGAGCUGGUUUAGGUGGCGUUGGAACUUUGCCAGGUGGUGCUGGUGGACUUUACCCUGGGGCAGGAGGUACUGGUGCACUCUCCCCUGCUCAGGCCAAAGCUGCUAAAUAUGGUGCUGCUGCAGUACCUGGUGGAGCUGGACUUGUCCCUGGUGGAGCUGGACUUGUUCCUGGUGGAGCUGGGCUUGUUCCAGGGGCUGGAGGAGUCUACCCUGGAGCAGGAGGUCUUACACCCGCUCAAGCCAAAGCAGCUAAAUAUGGUUUUGGUGCAGCAGGUGGAGCAGGUGUACUAUACCCAGGAGCAGGAGCUGGUGGGCCGGUCGGGGGAGUAGUGGGAGGAGUUGGCGGAAUUCCUGGAACAGCACCAGGGGCUGGAGUGUAUCCAGGUGGAGUGAAGCCUCCCAAAUAUGGAGUACCAGGAGGGGCAGGUGUUAUCCCAGGCUAUGGUUCAGUUACUGGGAUUGGAGGACUUCCUGGAGGGACCGGAGGAAUAGGAGCUGGCGUCAAACCUCCUAAAUAUGGAGUGCAUGCAGGUGCAGGGGUCCCAGGAGGUGUUCCGGGAGGAGUACCGGGAGGAGUUCCAGGUGGAGUACCAGGAGGAGUUCCUGGUGGAGUGCCAAUAACUGGUGGAGGAGGGUAUCCUGGUGGUGCUAAAGCUCUUAAAUACGGUUUUGGUGGUGGAGCUGGUGUACCUGGUGGAGUGCCUGGUGCUUUGCCCGGACUAGGACCUGGUUUGUGCGGAGUUGGCAGUGUCUCAGGUGGUGUAGGAAUAGGAGCAGGAACAGGAUAUCCCAUUGGAGGAUAUGGGACUGGGGCAAAACCACCUAAAUACGGUGUUCCUGGUGGUGUACCUGGAGGAGUACCUAGUGGUGUUCCUGGCGGUGUUCCUGGCAGUGUUCCUGGAGGUUACCCUGCAGGAGUUAAACCACCUAAAUAUGGAGUCGCAGGGAUACUACCUGGAGCAGGGAUAGUACCUGGAGCUGGGGGUGUAUUAGUGCCUGGAACUGGGACAGGAUUGGUACCAGGAGCUGGGGUUGGAGGAUAUCCUGGUGGUGUCAAACCUCCGAAAACAGGUGCUGGGAUCACUGGAACCAGUGUAGCAGUUCCUGGUGCAACACCUGGUGGUGAUGUGGUGGUCGUACCGGGCGGGACAGGGAUUGGUGUUCCUGGUGGUACUAGGGUUCCAGUUGCACCAAAUGGGAAACCAGCAAAGCUCCCAACCUUGGCCCCUGUGGAGACUGCUGUACCAGGACCGACGGCUAUUGUAGAAACUGGCAAGGCCCCUAAACCCAGUGGUGGGCAAAGAGUUCCUACAGCUGGAGUGUCUAAACCUGGAGCUGGUCCUGGUGGGGUUUACCCCUAUGGCUAUGGUCCAUAUUACCCUGGUGCUGGACCAUCUGGAGUUGGAACGGGUGUGUUGCCUGGAGCCAAACCACUGAAAGCCCCCAGUGUUGGUGGUGUAGGAGGAGUUGGAGGGGUGGGGGCUGGAACAGGUGUGGGGUUUCCAGCAGGUGUGGGUUUAGGAGCUGGUGGUAAACCACCCAAACCAGGCUACGGCUCUUUGGGAACAGGAUAUGGACAGCCAGGUGGUGUAGUUCCAGGUGGAUAUAGAGGAUACCCACAAGCAUAUCCAGGUGGAUAUGGAGCAGGACUGUCACCACAACAAGCUAAAGCAGCGAAAUAUGGAGGUGGACUGUCAGGAUUUCUGGGAGGAGGUUAUCAAGGUGGAGCGGGCUGCCAAGGCAAAUACUGCGGGAGGAGAAGAAAAUAAAGAAUCUCUUGAGAUGUGAAGUGACCUCAAGAAACAUGGUGCUACUGCAUGCUCCAGAAUGUACUUUACUCCAACAACAGUCCCAACAUGCACAGAUGUUACCUUCUGUACUGAUAGGAAAUAUUUGGAACAAAUCCAAAUCCAGAGACCUGCACGCUAGUGUUUUUUACGACAAUAAUUCCAAUUCUGAUUGUUUAUGGCACGUUCCAUCACAUUACUGUUUCUUAUUGUACACAUCUUAGUUUUGGACAUUUCUGAGAUAAUUCGAAACUCUUUUGUUCAGUUGCAUUGAUAAUUUGGCACUCUAGACUCUCAAAGCCAUGGUAUUUCUCGCCUUUGCCGACACACUUGAGGUACAUGUUGAAGUGAAAGCGUCCUGUCGUAUUGCUGAUUACACUUUGUGUUGGAAGAUUUCACAUCUGGCCAAGCUUCAGCUUAGAGGUUUGUCUGUAAUGUUUAACCUCUUAGAGAGACGGCAUCAACUUUCGUCGUUUAUGGUGAACCUCAUCAAAACAUGUCCAGGUCAUAUUUCACCCCAAAUAUCAGACAUUUUGGAUAAAGCAAAUGAAUGCCCCCAUUACUGUAAUGUUUUGCUUUCUCAAUUGUGAUUCUAAUUACUAUAAUACACUAAUUUUGCUUCAUGAAAGUAAAAAUGUAUUUAAUACAGUGAUUUAAAAAAGCAUAAAUUAAAGGCAGUACAACAAAUGUUAUAAUAAUAUAUAAACACAUUAUAAUUUAAAUAUUUGAAUUUGUAUUUUUUUUUUUUUUUUUGCAUUACAGUAAAAAAAAAAACAUAUAUAUAUAUAUAUAUAUAUAUCUUUUUUUUUUUUUUUGUUUUUUUUUUUUAUGGUAAUGGACAUUUGGGGUAAAAUGUCACAAAAAUAAUGCCGCAGUGCAAAAAAUCUGAAUGGUGACAAAAUAGGUCUCAUUUUCUUUAUGGAAAAUAUAAUUUCUUAUUGUUUUCUUUUGAUUCUGGUGUGGAUAUGACAUGUUUUGACAGGUUUUGUGAGUAACCCUUAUUCCCCGUCAUAAAUGAGCCUAGUUGAUUUACACUUUCAUAAAGCAUCUUUCCUCAUUGAAUAUCUUAGAACUGAAUCUCUGAAAUCCCAAAUAAAUGGCAGCCCAUGUUUUUGUAAGUAGGUCAUAACGUGCGUAGAAAUGCAUGUUUUGCUAAGAGAGCUGAACGUCAGCGAACAGACCGCUGAUAGUGACUGCUCGCAGCUCCAUCUCAACAUUCAUUCUUGCAAACUGUGUUAAGUAUGAAGAGCUUUGCUCUGAUUAUGCUAAUAACAAGCAGAAAGCUUUAUUGUGUCGGUUAUAUCAAGCACCUUGCAACUUAGAAAACUGUUUCGGUCUCUGUCCAGAGAAGCGAAAAACUAUAGUUCAAGUACAAAUGUGUAAAAUAGUAAUCGUAGUUCUGACUUGUACAUUAUGUAUGUUUAAACCUGGAAAAUGAAAAAGAUGUGCUUAUGUUGUUCCCUGGACCGGGGAAUAGGUGCUUCCAUAAUUUGACCAAGAAUGUGUUUCUUUAAUCGUUGUAUAUUCAUAUAGAAUUAGUAUAUAAACAUAUAAAUAUAUAUCAUAUGCUUACAGUAGGUUGGAUCAUUUAGCAACAGGAUACUUUACCGUAUGUUGUUUGUUUUGCACCAUUUGAACUUGACAUUUUUACCAAUUAUCAAGUUUGUACACAUCAUAUCACAAUAACAUUUUUUUUUCUUGCUUUAAAUAGCUUAUGCAUUUUAGUCACUGUGGAACUUGCAAAACUGUAUGAGUUAUUUUAAUAAGAUGUGAGGUGUCUGUGACAAAGUGUGUGUGUGUGUGUGUGUAGGUUAUGUAUGUAUGCAAUACCCCCUAAAGUGUUUUACAAAUCAUGUGUGUUAAUUUUUUUUUUUUUUCCCAGAAAAAGCUUUACCAGCCAAUGGAUUAACAGAUACGAAACGUCUCUUUUUCAUAAUAUUGGGUUAAUACUGUUUUCCAAUUUAUUCAUAUGGAGAGGAACAUGUAUAAUUUACUUGCCUGUGAGCCCCACCAGGUCUUGUCUAUUAUUGUGCAGUAGGAUUUCCAUCUUAUUUAAAUAAAGGGGCGGAGCUAUUGCACUUUUUCCACAAAUGACAUUCUGACUAGUUCAUGGAAAUCCUGGCAUUUUACCUGCUCUAGUGAAAACAAAAUAAAAUAUUUUAAAUUAAAAAAAAUAAUAA